CGAGCGUAACGUGGCUCGUGAACUAUUGUUCAGUUCGCAUAACGAGGAACACAAUAGUCGUUUCACGCCUCGAAAGAUUUUAUGAGCAAGGAUAACUCAUUUUCGUUAAGAUAAUACGUUGAUUGUACAGCUGCGGUCUUUUCCGUAAACGUUGGACAUUGGAAAUACAGUUGGGAGAAAAUCAACUGGCCACCAAUAGGUUACUUUUUUAACUACGAUCUCUAUUCAGAGAUAAUUGAUUCGAAUAACUUUAUUUGAAUAAAGAUUGGAAGGUUAAAUAAAUUUCUUUCUAUUGUCACAUACAUGGUAUGUAAACUUUACUUUCCUGAACACUGUCAUUGAAAAUAUCUUCUGAAUAAAUCUAAAAAAAGAAAAAAAUGCGACACCUGGGUCAUAAUAUUACUUUUUUAAAGUGACAAAUGGUACGCAUCGAUAACAGCAUUCAAUCAGGGUUAAAAAAUGCUGAUAAUGGUUAUGUGACUUCAGAAUGAAACUGUUAUUACAGACAGUCAACCAAAGUAGGGCGUUUAGUAUUACAGAUAGGAGAUGAAUUAAUAGCGUCUGGAGUGAAUAAGACGAUUUAUUACGACUCAACGAAGUCCAAAAAUGUAAAACUGAUUCUUUCUAAUUUCAACGAAUCGUAAUAUUUCAACCAACUUUGAUUUCAACUUUUAAACAAUGCAUACUCUUUCAAUUCUGUUUGUAUACCUGUAUCUAUACGAAGAAUAACACAGGAAUAUGCAAAUAUAUAAUGAAACAAUCAAUCUGGAAUCCUCUCGUAUCCAACAAAAAAUAUAAAAUUAAAAUUAUCUCACUGUCGAUAACGUGUGUUCGAAGAUGGCGCGGAACGCUAACCUGUAACUUUCUGAACGCUCGGAGAAAAUCGUGUGAACCGAUAUUGAUAAAUAAAAGGAAAAAAGAAAUGAGCUUAUUGUCAUUUCACUUGUCACGUAGAAGGCCAACCCAAUUGAACCACGAAACGCUAAUCUAUCGAAAUAAAUUCACGUUAACUAUAUAAAACAUCCGACACUCGAUCUUCGUUGAUAUUCUAUACCGAAAAGUUGCUACUUUGCAAUUCUAGAAUCAAACGUGCAUCGUACAUGUUAUUGUUCACGUUCGAUGCAGCUUUUUUAUAAUUUAAUUACUAUACGGAACAACGAACGUCGUAUACAAUUUCAGGGCGUGGUUUGACUCAUUCGUAAAUAAAGUUGGUGCAUUGGAGACUCGUGCGUAAAGUGACAGUAGCGAGAAAUUUAUCUAGUUUGUCGACGAUUCGUUUGUUGGUUAAUCAGUGAGCAUUCGAGCCGUUUCUCGAUCACUGCUGCUUGAAUGUAGAAUCGUGGAUGUCCAAGAGGGCUACGGCCGGGGUCUGAAAACUCAGUGCAAAGGAAUUUCUAGAGUUCGGAGAUAAGGAAUUUAUGAGUCAGCCAUUCAGUCCUGACACAUCGACCUACGAAACAUAUUCGACGACACCUCGAGAAUAAAAACUCUUCGACUUUCGGGCUCGAAAGUGUUAGAAUAACAUUUUUCAAAGGACAAUUCACUUCGUCGACUUACUAGAACGACAAACUCUGUUACACAACACUACUCACAUCUACAGUUUGUAAAAAUUGUACUCUAUGAAAAAUGUCGAAUGUCAGUGAUUUGGAGCAACACAUUGCAAGCUUGCAAAUUAAUCAUAGAGAUGGUGUUAAAACUGUUAAGCCUGGAAAAAAAGUAGGACCAGCUGUACCACCAAAACCAAAAAAAUCACAACCUCAGAUACCACAAAGUUACACCAUAAAGGCUGCAUCCGUGCCAUCUUACAGUACAGUACUUAAUAAUUCUGGAACAAAUGAAAAGCCAUCAAAUUUGUAUGUAAACUCUCCCUCUCCAUAUGUACCAUUGAACAUAGAAAAAAAUGAUUUUUCAUUGUCAUCCUCCACAAAUGGAAAAGAUACAUCUAAAAUUUAUCAGAAUAAUGAUAACUUUUACACACAUCAAGCAGAAGAAAAGUUUGAACCAAAAUAUGGAUAUGAUGAAAAAAAUUACUACUCAAAUGUUGGAAAUAUGCCUGCUCCUCAAGUCCCAGUUGAUGAACAUUCAAGAUCAGUAAGAAAUGUUGUAUACAGCAACAUAGAUCCUCCUGUAGCAUCCAUGCCAGUUAAAACUGGAGGUAAAACUGAAAAGGACAUAAUUUACAGUAACAUUGAGUGGAAUUCUAAACCAGAAAAUACAUAUUGCAAUAUUCCUUCUGCUCAUGAUGACUUACCACCACCGCCAGAACCUUCGGAGUAUGUUCCUUGUGUUCCGAGUAGCUCCUUUCCACCACCACCAGAAGAGCUGCCGCCUCCGCCAAGUCCUGUUUCGUCCAGCUAUAGCGAACUAAGACGUGCCACCUAUCAAACUGAUUUUCCUUCGGACAAUUACCCAAACGAUAUUUAUGGUCCCAGUUCACAGUCUAGUUCAACAUAUGAAUCUAUAUACGAACCCAUUAAUCCUAGACCGCCAUCCCAGUUGUCUUGCAAUUAUUCUAUGUACUCUGGUUAUGGAUCCGCUACAUCGACUCAACCGCAAGGAAAAGUAUCUCCAGUUAAGGAAGUGGAUGUCUUGACCGACUUAUUAGUUCAAGGUAUGGAGGACAAUGCCGAAGAUAGCGACAUUUAUGGAAUUUGCGCACAGUGUGGCCGUAAAGUUGAAGGUGAAGGUGCCGGUUGCUCUGCGAUGGAUAAAGUGUUCCACAUUGAUUGUUUCUGUUGUUAUGUUUGUAAAGUUAAUUUGCAGGGUAAACCAUUCUAUUCUUUGGAGAGCAAACCGUACUGCGAAGAAGAUUAUCUGAAUACAUUAGAAAAGUGUUGUGUUUGCACCAGACCGAUAUUGGAUAGAAUAUUAAGGGCUACAGGCAAACCUUAUCAUCCAUCUUGCUUCACGUGCGUAGUUUGUGGUCAAAGCUUGGAUGGUAUACCGUUUACAGUGGAUGCUACAAAUCAAAUUCAUUGUAUACAGUGCUUUCACAAAAAGUUUGCGCCACGCUGUUGCGUGUGCAAGCUACCGAUCACGCCAGAACCAGGGCAAGAGGAAACAGUUCGGGUCGUCGCACUGGACCGUAGUUUCCAUAUACAAUGUUACAAGUGCGAAGACUGUGGUUUGGUCCUGUCCUCAGACUCCGAGGGUCGCGGUUGCUAUCCUUUGGAUGACCAUGUAUUAUGUAAAAGUUGCAAUGCAACUCGUGUGCAAGCACUUACAUCACAUAUGACGACAGAAUUAUGAAUCACAUAAAUACGCAAUAGCUAUAGACAUCAUUUCAAGCCAUAUAUUACAUUGUUAUACUUGUAGCUGCAGUUUUACAAAUUUUUAACUUUUUCAGAUAAGUAUAUUCUUUGAAAAUAUUGA